AUGUCCAAAACAUCGCUCGCGAAUGGGAAUGGGGUGUCGGACAAGUUGAUCCUGCAGGCUCUCUCCGAGGUGAACGCGACAGCCCAGCAGUGGAGUAACGCCUCGAGUCAGGAGAAGAAUGGCGACGACACCGAGGCUGCAGUGGCCAAGGCACGGUUUCAGCUGGCCAACCAGGUCUGGCGACUGUACUCGGCCAUCAAGGGGCCUGCUGAUAUGGUCCAUGACCACUUAGAAAGGUUCACGUAUACUGGCGCCGUGCGUACAUUGCUGGCCGUGGGCGUGUUUGAUGAGUUGCCCACGGAUGGGAAGAGCAAAUCCGCGCAACAACUCAGUGACAAGCUUGGAAUUGAGAAAUUAUUGUUGAUUCGCCUGAUGAGAAUCACCACGGCACUUGGUCUAUUCGCCGAAGUCAACAAGGAGGAAUACGCCCAUACGGCUCUGUCGAAAGCCUAUUUGGCCCCUGGGCUCAGAGGCUUUUUCCAAAUGGCCGUCGACGAGCACAUGGCCGUCUCCGCCAAUUUCCACGAAUACUUUCAGCAAAAUGGCUACAAGGUGCCCACCUCGCCCAACGACAACCCCUACACCUUCCACUUCAAGACCGGUGGGCUGCCCAUCUUCGAAUGGAUGCAGAAAUUUCCGGCGCGCAUCGAGAGCUUUAACAUGGCAAUGACAACAGGCUCCAAGCAGGGCGACGCGUCCAUCGCGCUGUUCCCUUGGCGCGAGGCCGUGAAGCGGAGCUCAAGCAACAGCACCACGGCCGAGACACCUCUGGUCAUCGACGUCGGGGGUGGGCGCGGCCAUGCGGCUCACCUGAUUCGGCAGGAACUUGAUGGCGUGCCCGGGCGCGUGAUUGUGCAGGAUCUACCUGGAACGAUUGAGCAGGCACGGGAUGAGUAUCCCGACGUCGAGAAGCUAACGCACAAUUUCUUUGAACCGCAGCCCGUGAAAGGCGCUCUCGUCUAUUUCAUCCGCCGCGUCCUCCACGACUGGCCGGAUGAGGUCUGUGUGGGCAUCCUGAAAAACGUGGCGCUGGCCAUGACUCCCGAGUCACGCAUUGUCAUCAACGAGUUCCUGGUCCCAGAAGUUGGCGCAGACGCUGAGACAUGCUGGGUCGAUCUGGUCAUGCUGACCUUUGCCGGGAUGGAGCGGACGGCGGCGCAGUUUGAGGCGAUUCUUAAUGCUGCGGGUCUGAAAUUGACCAAGAUCCAUAGCAGCCCCAAGACACACUAUGUCGCUGUUGAGGCACAGCUGAAGUAG